AUGGCCUCGUCUAUUGCUUUCAAGUAUCGCUUGCCAGCUUCACUGCCUACGUCGUUGGUCUGGUAUUCUACAAUCGCUUCUUUCAUCCCCUCAAAGACAUUCCAGGCCCAUGGUUCGCCUCCAUUUCCACUCUUUGGUAUUUCCGUGCUAAUCUCUCCCAACCAGGUCCAAAUUUCAGAUCCUGCAGCCAUAGAAACCAUCUAUGGUCCCAAGUAUGAGUUCAUCAAAGGUGAAUUUUACGAAGGGUUCAACCCUAAGAUUACCAAGCGACAGGACAAUUUCACCGAACGCAACGAGGCAGCGCACACCCGACGCCGCAGGACCGUCGCACAUCUUUACACUCAAGGUGCAGUCUUGGAGUAUGAACCUUGUGUUGACCGUUGUAUUGCAUUAUUCUACACGCGGAUGGAAGAGUUUGCUGAGUCAGGCGCAGUGGUAGACAUGGCCACCUGGUUGAAGAAGUACACAUUCGAUAUUGUUGGGGAAAUAUUCUAUGGUCGUGAAGGUGGCUUUGGUUUCGUCCGCGACAACAUUGACUACAAUAACUGGUGUCACUUGAUGGAUGUGAUGCCCAACCCUGUUGCUGCUCUCACGUAUAUUCCAUAUGGGCUUCGAUCACUCUACUUUCUCACCCAAAUGAUCUACCCGGAGACUCGAGCGGUGAUUGACCAAUCACACGCAGCAGUAAAGCAACGCAUGGAUGACAUUGCGGCGGGAAAGCCAGUCAAUCGGAGCGACGUGCUGAGUAAGCUUCUUGAUAUCAUCAAUGAAAAGGGUCAGGACCACGAAUUUGGUAUUCUCGAUGUGACAACUGAGAUCUGGACUAUGAUUUGGGCAGGCAGUGACACUACAGCCAUCGCACUGACCUCAAUCUUCUACCAUUUGCACAAACACCCAAAGACCUUGGCCAAGCUCCGCAAUGAAAUCGAGGAUGCCUUCGCCAGCGGUAAUCUCAAAUACCCCGUCCGCUACAACGACGCAGUCAAGCUUCCAUACCUGCACGCCGUUGUCUGGGAGGCCAUGAGAAUUCAUCCAUCGCUUGGCACUGGACUUCCUCGCAUCGUGCCAGCUCCAGGUGUUGAGAUUUGUGGCAAGUUCUUCCCCGGAGGUACUGAGGUGAUCAUGAAUCAGAAUGCGGUGCAAUUCGACAAGGGCAUCUUUGGAGAAGAUAGCGAGCAGUUCAUUCCGGAACGCUGGAUCCGUGACGGCGAUCGUGCUGCGGCUAACAUGGAAAGACACAUGCUACAAUUCGGCUAUGAAAAGCGCAUCUGCAUUGGACGGCACAUCACCAACACCGAAAUGUACAAACUGCUUCCCACAAUUCUAAGGGACUUUGACUUUGAGUUGGCGAGUGAUAAGGAAUGGGAAACCUGGCAAGGCUGGUUUCAUCAACAGAAAAAUGUCAAUGUUAGGCGAGACUACAUACCUCACAAAAUCCACCCUGUUUCCGGCUAUGCUGAUCUGUCCAAAGCCGGGACAGAACUUGUGCAGCCCAUGAAAACAUCCGAGGGUGGAUCUGGAGGAGUCGUAAUAUGCCUUGGAGUGGGUGGAUUGGUCGACCUAGCCUCUCUACUUGGUCUGGAGACAGAACAUUCCGCAGAGUCAAUGUGUGGUGUUGAAGUCUGGGUUUUGGAUGCAAGAAGGCCGUGUAAUUUGUCCAACGUCUUCGGAGGGCUUCCAAUCGAAGCGCCAACAGAAGGCGUUGUCCUGAGGAUUCCUGGUGUGGACAAGGGAUGCAUUCAACGAUCAUACAAACCAGGAAAAGGUGGAAUUAUUGUAUUUGAUGACGGCGACAUAGCGUCCGACCUAGAAGUCGAACGAGACGCCUACUGCGCCCUGUCGGACAUGCCUGAAGUCGAAGCAGACUCAGAUAGUGAUGAAGAUGACGAUAGUGCAGACGAGGACGAUGAGGAGGAAGGAGAAAGAGAAGCGGGCAUAUCAGGAGGCUCUGCCUCAAAAAAAAGGAAAUCUUGGUCUGAUAGAGACAGCGAUGCUUCAGACACCGAUGGCGACGAAGAGAGGCCACGGCAAAGGCGAAGGGCCAAUUCAGGAUCCUCAAUCAAUUCUGAUCCUCGAAGCCGAACACCCACAUCUUCACAACCGGCCUCUCCUACUUCCAAACCUGAUGUACCGAACCAAGCCACAGCCAGACAGCUUCGCAGACGAUUAAGAAAGCUUCGGAGAAGUCAUGAAAGCGUGUUAGAGAAAUACAACAGCGUGGGCACUUCAUACUCAGAACCCAUAUCCACAUUGGCAUACUCUUUGGCAUCAGAUCUAGGUCGAGAGGACAACGAUCUUCUGUGGCUAGCUAUUGUUGGUGUCACCUCUCUUGAACUCUCUGGUCACACCUCCACCAGCUUUGGCAAAACUGUACAGCCAGAACCAUCGGAACAUCCCCAUAACUCCUGGCGAUCGAAUCGAUCUCGACAGACCUAUGCGAUUUUGCGCGACGAAACCAGACGAUUGAAUCCCCCGCCCCUCGAUCAAUCUCCUUCCGUCUCGCCAGGCUCUGGAAUCACCUCUCCGAGCGAUACCUCCAUUCGUCUAACACCUGAUCCGAGAUUUCUAUUACUCAGACACUGGUCCUUAUAUGACAGCAUGCUUCACUCGCCCUACCUUGCUUCACGAUUGAGAAUCUGGAACGAGUCCGGAGUGAAACGACUGCAUAAACUUCUUGCCAAAAUGGGCGUCAGCCUGAGCCAAUGCAAGCAGACAUACACUCACAUGGACAUGGACCUCAAAAAGAUAUUGCGAGAACGACUGCUGAAAUAUGCGCCCGUGUAUGGGCUCGACGAUCUCGUCCCGACAGGAGCUGGGUAUUUCACCUACGAUCAGGAAGGCUGGGGUUUUAUUCGAUCAUGGGGUUGGAAAGCUCAACUUUCCGCCGUUGAUGUUGGCCUACUUCUUGGUGCGAUUCUUGACGUUGGCACUCAGAUAUCAUCCGGACCCAACAGCAUAUCAUCCUCAUUUUCUUCGACACCGUCACAAUCACAAUCCACGACCGAUUCACCUCCAUCUGAUCGCUCACUAGCUCUCGUGCCACGCUUCUUCGCAGCAUACGAUGCCCUUGCCCCGAGCCACCCGACACAGCUCCUGGCUUCAAUACCUCAAGCCCAACACCUUCUCCGCUCCAUAUUCCGUACGGGCUCAUCAUUGCUCGUCAAACAUCAAAUCCGACAUCUGCGUGCGUUCCGCAUGGGUGUUGUCAAAGAUGGGCCCGAUCUGAGACUAUUUGCCAAUUCUCCUGGUGCACUAGCGAAACUUGCAUUAUGGGUUGGCGAAGCAGUUUCUAUCAACGAACGGGACCGAGAGAGCAACGACGACUCGUCAAACCCCACUUUCGUGCCUCUUGUUCUCGCGGCUUUGGAUGAGGAAAGGGGUACGUAUGUGGUGGUAGGAACAGGCGGAGGUGGUAAGAACAAUCGCUUCGGCCUGGCGUUUCAAGAGGUCGUGGACGAGACGGAUGCUCGGGUCAAGAUUGAUAGUUUCGACCACAGCAUUGUCGAGGUCAAAAAGGAGGAUCUCGGCGCCUUCCUGGAAGCACUAAGUCUGAAGGCUGUGGUGGGUGCAUGA